CGUAUUGAGUAUACUAUGUUUUCAACUUGCAAAAAUUGCAAUGGGUUCCUAACCCGUGGCUGACGUUUAAUUUUAUUUAUUUACGAAAUAAAAUUGUACAUUUUUUAUAGUCCUAAGUGUAACAUUUGUGUUAAUAUUUAUCAGUUUUUAAUAUUUAUUGUUGAUGACUAAGAAAUAAUGUCCUUCGAGUACUUGCCUGUGGCCGAAGACGAAAACGAAGAACCCAUAGAACUCCCUAUUGAAGAAGAUGGAACGUUGAUGUUAACAACAGUGUCUGCGCAAUUUCCUGGAUGCUGUGGCCUAAAGUACAGGCAUCCUGAAACGAAAACUAUACGCGGUAUCAGAUUAAGAGACGGUAGGCUAUACCCUCCCCCUGAAGGAUGGGGUAAUCACUUAUAUGUUUGCAGUUUUCCCAAGGAAAACAAGCGUAAGUCGGGAGAAAAUUCUGAAACCUCCACUAGCAAGAACAAGCGCAAUGAUAACCUAUGCUCAGAUUUGAUUGUAUUGGGUUUACCAUGGAAAGCCACUGAGCAAACGGUAAGAGAAUACUUUGAGAAGUUUGGAGAAGUUUUGAUGGCGCAAUUAAAACGCGAUCCCAAGACGGGCAUGUCCAAAGGUUUUGCUUUUAUAAGAUUUGCUUCAUAUACAUCGCAAAUGAGAGUGUUAGCCCAGAGACACAUGAUUGAUGGAAGAUGGUGCGAUGUUCGGAUACCUAAUUCUAAGGAAGGCUCUGUAUCAUCAAUGCCUUGCAAAGUAUUUGUAGGACGCUGCACAGAAGAGUUGACAGCUAAUGAUUUGAGGGAAUACUUUUCUCAAUUUGGGGAAGUGACAGAUGUAUUUAUUCCAAAACCAUUUAGAGCGUUUAGUUUUAUAACAUUUUUGGAUCCAGAAGUAGCGCAAAGUCUGUGUGGUCAAGACCAUAUUAUAAAAGGUGUCUCUGUAAAUGUAUCAAAUGCUUCACCUAAACAGAAUAAGAGUGGUUCUAACCAGCGAAAUCUGCCAAGUAGAAACUAUGAAGAGGGACACCCCCACAAUGCUUCUAACAACAACUCUUGGAGCAGCCGUAAUAUGGAUAUGGUGAAUAUGCAAGCCCUAGGUAUGUCUAGUCAGCAUGGACAGACUGCUGUGGCGGGAGGUGCUGGCCAAGCACAGGGUGGCAGUAUGCCUAUCGGAAUGGGAGGCCUCCCUGUCAACCAAGCAUUAGUAGCAGCACUCAACCAAGCAGCAGGGUGGGGACUUAUCAAUAAUAUACCAUCAGGGGCUUCUGAGCAGGGUCCCUUUGCUGGACCAGCUUCAUCUGCACCUCCGGGGCCACCCAACAUUCUCUCUUGGAUGCAACAAGGUAACUCGGCUCAGGGACCAUCUAGUCAGUGGGGACAACGACACCAGUCCCAAGGCCACUCUGUUUGAUCUAAUAUCUGAUUCAACAAGCUCAUGAUAAUCACUGUGAUUGUAGCAACAAUUAGAUAAAUUAUCAUUUUGUUUUAUCUACCACUGUAAUUUUUAUUGGGUUGUUCUUUAAUGAGUGGUGUACCUAUGUAGUUUGCUACUGGUGUUAUUUAUUUAUUGUGAAAUUGCUUUUGUGUUUUGUUGAUUUUCUUGAAACUUAUAGUAUAAUGGCAUGGUGUAUCGAUUUAUUACACAGAUCAGAAGAUCAGAUUUACAUUUUAAUGGUAGGUGAUCCAUACACAAACAGCAGUUUCCAGUACAGGCAAUAGAGUGUAAUUGGUAUUAUAUGUUGACUUAAAUGUUGUGGGGUUAUAUCUCACAACAUCUGUACCUACUGUAGCAAGAUCCAGUCAAUUCUGAACUUGAUUCUCAAUCAAAUGUAUAUCUGAUUGAUGGAUAGUUUGGGGAAAUAAUUCAUAUUUGGUUUAUUUUGUCAUAAUAUAUGAAUUAUUCAUACACUUACAUGUAAUAGAAUUAGAGAAAUGUGCUUAUAUUUUAAUAUCUAAUAUGUUUCAACAACAGGCUGUUUGUAAAAAAUAGAAAUCUAUUGAAUUGUUAUCAUUGUUUAAGAAAUAAUGUUGAUUAUUAUAAAUUUAUUGCAUGUUUUCUCAGGUGGAUGUAGGCAUGAAAAUUGAUGGCAGAUGUCUAUUUUUGUCAAGAUGAAUAGUUAGACUAUUUUUGUGAAUAAGCUAUGUGCGAUUCUUUAGUAAAUGGAUAAAUAUAAACUUAAGCUCUGACAUAAUAGCCUCUGUAUAUUUUAGGACAAAAUGUUAGCAUGGGUUAUAUAAAUUAAUGGCUGUAAAUAUAUUCAGACCAACAACCACAAUCAUAAGAUGCACUCUAUUUAUUCAAUUUGGGACUUAGGUUAUUGUCGUGCGCCCGAUAGCGAUAUACUUAACAGCAAAGGUGAAUAUACAAAAUAAUGAUAUCUACAAAAGCAAUCAAAAUAUUCGGCAAAUAGGCUGUUUUACUGGAGCUUAAUUGAUGUAUUACCCUACUAUGACUAUUAAGUACAAUGUUAAAGAAACCUAUAAUUUUAUUAAAUAGAUAUUAGACAUCGAAAUGAUAUAGCGAUUCUCAUAGCGAUGACAUUAGCUUUUUCAACAUUAAUUACUUUAAAACUGAGUACCUACUAUGAAAAACGUAAUAUUGACCAGGUGUUUGUAUUAUAGGUACUUAAAAGUACCUAAGUGCUAAAUAUUGUCUUUUUCUGUAUAAGUACAUCAUAACAUCAUAAAAAUCAUAUAUGUCUACUAGCGACCCGCCCGGCUUCGCACGGGUGCAUAAUUAUAAAUGUUAUUAUUAUUAUACAUAAAAACCUUCCUCUUGAAUCACUCUACCUGUUACAAAAAACCGCAUCAAAAUCCGUUGCGUAAUUUUAAAGAUUUAAGCAUACAGACAAACAGACUAAAAUAGCGACUUUGUUUUAUACUAUGUAGUGAUAUACUGAUAUUAUUCUCAGGUAAAGAUUCGCGCUAAGAAUGUACAUGAUAUCACACCAAUAAGACAACGUCACGUGUGAAAAAAGCUAUAGGUAGGCUGGGUUGGAAGUAUAAGUUUUAGCUUGAUUUGUUUGUUUUAUUAACUUAUUUGGCCAUUUGUUGUUUGGUUCUAAUUUAUAUGCAUGAAGAUUGACGUUAUAUAGUUAGAUAUUUUCGAGUGUGUAUUGUAAUUAUUUAUGGGAAAUCGUAAUGAUAACUUAAUUUGAAACGUCAAUUUGAAGUAACAGAGCGUAGGUAUAGUAGAUAUUUAUAUCUAUAGGAAUAUCAAGCUUGACUUAAAUAGUUUAAAAAUCUAUUCAAAGCUAACCGCCCCUCCACUAUAUGUUUUAUGUUACGUUUAAAUGAAAUUUAAGGGGUUUCCUAUUUACAUGUAAUAUUAUUUUGAAUCCAUAAAUAACAGAUUGUGAUAUAAAUAACCGUUUAUCAGUAUGAUAUGUAAUAUAUAAUGAAAAACAUAGGCAGACCACGACCAUUAGUUUUGUAAUUUUAGCCAUUUGAAUGUUGGGGUCAGUCCACUCUUUUGAGUGGUCACGUAGCUGCUUUAAAUAAAAUAUUUUUUACACACAUCCCUGAUGACAUUGAAUAUUUUUAUUUAAAUACAUAAAUAUUUAUAUGUGUUCCUUUAAUCUUAUACACAUUUAUUUUCCAUCAUAAAUGAACAAAAAAUGUAUGUUACCUAUAUUUAUUUAAUGUCCAUUAUAUAUCUUUUUAAACAUAUAUUGGUAACUCAAAGAUUAAAGAUUGAACUUUUAAUCUGGAAAAAAAUGCCAGGAACCCGUCAAUGUAAAGUUAUGUUUUAUUUUUAUAGUUUUGAGGUAAAUACUGUGUAUCUAUUUGUUAACCUGUAACUUUUUGUGGCUUUCAAAAUUUGGCCUUCAUUAUUAUUCUUGCUUAUUUCAGCUCUAAUAAAUCACUUUAAUUUUUGCGUUACGGGGCAAAAUUACUAUGAGAUCAGCCAAAUCAUAAAUUUGUUUAAAAUAAAAAAUUGAAUUUUAUCUGGGGUAAGAAUACAAUGAAGUGACUAGGUAAAACACAAUCUUUGAAUAAAAGACGAAAGGUUAUGGACAUCUUCAAUGUUAUAUUUUCUGGGUUUUCCUUUUUAGAUAUUCUUUCAAUUUGAUGUAUUUACAUUAACUGGUAGGUAAACAUAGAAAUUCUAGAAUGAAAAAUAAAACUAGCUUUGGCACUCCUUUGAUGAAACCAUUAUGUAUUACCAUUGUAUAUUACCUAAUUCAAACUUAAAUCACAUCUUAACAUAAAUUGCAAUUAAUGAAUUCAUAAUUAACUGAGUAUCUAUACAAAAAUUUUGUAAUUUACGUGUUUUUAUUUAUGUUUUUUAUUUGUCUGCAUAUUCUAAAAUUUUAUCAUAAUAAACUAGCUGCUGCCCGCGACGUGAUCCGCCGUAAAACUAAUAAAAAUCAGAUUGUUAGCUUCUGUUGGUCAUAUUUGUAUACCUAUAUCUCCAAUAUCGAUAUUUUUAUCAUAUGGAUAUAUAGACUUAGCCAUAGAUUCCUAAGAAGUCUCAAGACUUAUUAUAAUGCAAAUUUUAUGAUGUCGCUUUGUAUAGGGACAAUGUAACACACCUGCGGGUAAUUUCAACUAAUUACAUAAUGAACCUCCCUUAAAUUUAUGCCUGAUAAUGUGUUUAAAAAUAUAUAUACCUAUUUCAACAUGAAUACAAAGAACAGGAUACAAGUACUCUUUGGCGUGAAUUUAAUCAAUUUUCAGUCAAUUUUGUGCAUAAAUAAUACCUACAAACAAACAAACCUACUUAUUUAUUUGUAGUCAUAUUUUUGAUUUACUAGUUGAAAUUACUCCGACGCCCCUAUACAUAAUAUAGAAGUGGAAGAACCCCUUUUAUUGAAUGGGAGAUAAACUAUAAUAUAUAAUAGAAAAAUAAAUUUGAAAUAUAAAAUAUUUAUUAUUUUGUAAAGUAAAACAAAAAAAAAUUUGUUAAAAAAUUUACGAAUGUCUAAUCUGUCUGAAAAAUGUACGUAGGUAUAUCACGUAAAAAUAACAAGAACCGCAAGUUUAUAAACUUCCUAGGAAAUUUAUAAAAAUUCGUAGGAUUCUGAACGAGAAAUAAAUUGUAUUACUCGACCUCUCGUGGUAAAUUUAUAAACAUACUGCUAUCCAUUUGUAAGAUUCUAAACAAACGAAAAGAAUUCUUAAAAUACGGCAAAUAACUCACUGAUUGGUCGUUGUUGACUUUAGUAAACUAAUGUAACAAAAUAAAACAAUUUUGACAGUUCAUAACAAUAGCAACAUUUAAUUUUGACAAAAUUCACACGAGCAACCGAUUCGUUUAUGCUGCAUAGCGAUCAAUGGCGGAGGAGAAGCAAGUAAUGGUACACGUCAGUUAUUUCACCAAUCAAAGCGCACUAUUUGCUUAAUUAUUUGGCGCGUUAAUUUGGUAAGUUUAUCCUACUACUAUUAUAAAGGCGAAAGUUUGUAUGGAUGUUUGUUACUCUUUCACGCAAAAACUACUGAACCGAUUACCAUGAAAUUUGGUAUGUAGGUAGCUGAAGACCCAGAAUAACACAUAGGCUACUUUUUAUCCCAGAGUUCCCGCGGGAUUGAUAGGGUUUCCAUGAGGACGAAGUCGCGGGCGGCCUCUAGUAAGUUAAUAAAUUUAAAAAGAAAUAUGGACGUAAAUUCAUAGAGUCCUACGAAAGUUUAUAAACUUCCUGGAAAUUUAUAAACUUGCGGUUCUUGUUAUUUUCCAGUAACAAUUAGUUUUACAUACUUUAAACGAACGAUUUGCACCUUAAUUUCAUAUUAAUAUCAUACUUCCUUUUAAUUAACUAUUUGUUUAGGAUUAUGUACGGUGAAAUAUAAUUUGGUUAGCUAUAUUGUUUUGAUUCUGUUGAAAAUGUACUUAAAUAUUUAAUAGUCAUCAAAGAUGAUAAUAUCUGGGUAGGUAAUCAGUAAUCAGUGCAAGACAAUAACAGUGUCGCGUUUGAGUUGCCGAAUAAAAUAGAAGAAAGAAGAUCUAACCGAAUUAAAAUAAAAACAGAUAUACACCCAACUUACACUUUCGUAUAUUGAAUUAAUUUCAGUUAUUUUGGAUAAAAAUGUUAAAAUUUUUGUUUUAAAGUUUAUUUGUUGGGAGUUUAUACUGUUUAACUUUUCUGGAAUAAUAUUUAUUACUAUUUCACGAUUUUUAGUAAAUAUACCUAUACUUAGAAAAAAAAUUGCACUGAUGGGAAGGUACAAAAUAAUGUAUGACAUUUAAAUCGCUAGAUAACCACCUUUUUCCGUAGAUGAAAAGAUACGUGAGGUGCUUCGCGUCAUGACGGUAAAAAUGAUGUGCGCAUUGAUGGCAAAAGAUGUUUGUAAAGAAUUUUCUUGUAAACUAGAAAUGAAUUGUCUAUUUAUUGUCCGAGUGCACUGCAGAAAUGUGGUGGAAAGUUAUUUGUAUUGUAUUUAAUGUAUAGUGUCAUUUAUUGCGAAUCCCGCAUAUAAAAAUAUAUGAUUACCGUUUCGUUACUAAUAAUUAACUUACUGAUCUUGAACCUAAAGCGCUUUUUUACAGAUUGUACCUAAUUAACUACCGGACUAUUCUCAUGUAAAUGUAAAUCGACUCAAUCUGAAAACUUGGCAUAUUUAAUUUAUAAUACUUACUAGAUCUAAACAUCUAAAUACACGGUAGGUAUUUUACUAACAGUUCUAAAUCGCCUUUAUAACAAAUGUUCAUCGUGUUUCAAGCUAAACUAGUAUUUUUUUUUUCGAAUUAAAGCUUACGUUUUUUAAAACCGUUAAGAUGUAAUUUUAUAGUUUUCGUCAGAAGGAAAAACAAGAUAUUUUAGGUUAGUAAAAUACCUACAGAAAAAAUAUACCUAUUAAGUACCACACACCAAUUACGAAAUACAUAUACAAUGAAAGAUUUUAUUUAUUUUUGGGCCGUGUAAUAUAAUAAGAAUCACGGAGCGGAAUUCGGGACUUUAGCUACACAGCAUAACUCGACAUCUAGCGAGGCAGCUACGUUUAGAGUCGAGCUUCCUCCUCACUAUUACAUUACCGCUGCGGCCACUAACUGAUGUUUGUGGCUAUGUCUACUGUCUAUAUCAUGUGUAUAACUUAAGAUAGGCCGAUGGUGUAUAUACCAUAUUCUGUUUCUUUUUUGGAAUAUAGCUUUGUAUUUCGGCACUGAUAAGCGACUUUUAAAGAUAAUAUAUUUCUUUAAAUUAAAGCACUUAUCUGUAAUCAUGCACAUCCACGCUGCUCCGUGAUGUAAUAAAAUAGGUAACUAAAAUGUUUGUACUGCACAGGCAGAUAAAUUAUUUAUAAAUGAUUGUACAUUAUAAUUUUGAGUGUGAAUAAUGAAUACUUAUUGACAUGAAUUCAUGAAAUAAAAUUUAUUUAGCGUU